AUGGCGGAAGUAGUAUCAGCGGCUGUGAUUCGUCGCGGAGGCGCCGGCGGGAGCAACCGCGUCACGGACGGUGAUCUUGAGAGUUUCCUGUUCGGCGACGAUGGUGACGCGUCGGAGGUCGGCAAUCGUAGCCGUCGAUCCAGCCUCAGCUUCGAGCCGCUCACGGCGCACGACGAAGACGGCGCUCACGGCGGAGCCCGCGCCGGCAAUCACGGCGGAGGUCACGGCGGGGGUCACGCGGGGGGGCAGGGCGACAGGAGGCGGAUGAGCGUGGAGGAGAAAAACACGUUGUGGCGGGAAACCGUCCGCGCGCGCGUGUCGUUCAAGCGCGGAGGCGGAGGGUCGCGGGGGGAGCCGGAGGUACAGGAGCCGCUGGUGCCGCGGAGCGGGGAGCUGGUUCCGCCCGGAGUGACUCGGUCGCGGCCGCUAACGCCGCCGUUAGGGGCGGAGCGAGGCACGGAGAGGGUGACGGAGCGAAGCGGCGUGUCAGGGUUGGAGAUGACUCAUAGGAGCGGCGUUUCUGGCACGGGAAGGGGAACGGAAAGGGGAACCGAUAGGGGAACGGAGCGGGGGACGGAACGAAGCGCAACGGCUAGCGGAGCAGAGCGGUCUGGAAAAGGGGGUUCGAAUAAGGAUAAGGAGCGAGACGCGGCGGUGGUGGCAGCUGCAGCGAAGGUUCUGUCGGUGUCUGCUGCUGCGGCGAUCUGGGGGGGGAGUCAGAAGGAGGGCAGUACUGUGGGCACGGGGAGUAAAGUUGGGCCCGACUCUGCUAAUGUGUCUAAAAGGUCUGGCGCGACCCCCCUCUCAUCAGCAACACCUUGGAAAGGCGGCGCUCCCCCUCCCACGGACUACGACCCCUCACAGGAGGUGCCGAUGGGCAAGCACACGCACAUCCUCCUCCCUGACGGCACCUUCAAGGUCCCCACUGUGGAUGACCAUGAUGCCACCACCGCCACGGGGCAACACAACACCACGGGCAGGAGUAGUGGUGCUGGAGGGGGGAGCAACCGGCCGGUGAGGCAGGCUGCUGCUGUGCAUUGGGAGGAUUGGGCGAGCGAUGAGGAGGAGGAUGAGGAGCAGAUCGAUGCUGUGAUGCUGGAAGGUGAGUGGGAAGGGGGGGCGGAACGGGGAAAUGGGGGGCAAACCGCCACUGGCAGGAGCAGUGGAGCUGGGGGGGGGAGCAACCGGCCGGUGAGACAGCCUGCUGUGCAUGGGGAGGAUUGGGCAAGCGAUGAGGAGGAGGAUGAAGAGCAGAUUGAUGCUGUGAUGCUGGAAGAGAGCAAGCAGCCGGUGAGGCAGGCUGCUGCUGUGCAUUGGGAGGAUUGGGCGAGCGAUGAGGAGGAGGACGAGGAGCAGAUUGACGCUGUGAUGCUGGAAGACAUCUAUUUCAAAGUGAAGGCAGCGGAUAAGCGGCUGGACGACUACAAGAACCUGGUGUCGUUCCUCUGCUUCAUCGUGCUCUACCUGGUGGUGCUCUACAUGCAAGCAGACUCCACGGAUGGCUUUGAGGUGUCCACCGCGCACAACAUACUGCUCCCUUCGGGGGCAUCAGGCAGCGGGCUCAACGCCAUGAGUGGACCAGACGAAAUGUAUCAGUGGGUUAACGACAGCAUAAUACAGGAGUAUGCAGCAUUCGGGCGGUUCGGGUGUGAAGCAGACUGCGGGGUGUGUGAGAACGUGACCCACGUGGUGGUGCUUUGUCUCACCACUCCUCUCUCUCCCUUUCUCUACUGCCUCGCCUCGCCGCCAGGUGGUUCGAAGAGCCUCAGGUUCGAGGAGCCUCAGGUGUUUUCGGAGCUUCAAUCAGAGGUCGCGUUAGACCUCUUCAUUCCGGAUGGCGACUGGCAGGUCAAGCUCGACGCGCCGGGCGGCGGCGUUCGGGGGAUAGUGCAAGUGGUCGGCGCACUCAGUGGCAACGCCACUCUGCAACGAACCAACGGCAGGGGCGGCCGAACCAGCGCCCGAGGCUCGGCAACAGGCUGGGGAACGGCCUGGAGCGUGUCAGGCAACGGGGGAGAGGCAGGGGUGGUGGAUACAACACUAGCACAGCUAACAGACCUGGGAGCCAGUAAAGACGUAGUGGUAACAUGGGGUGGGUGUGCGACGAGUAAAUCAACGGUGGCGAAUGGCCGAUCGGCGGUGCUGGCUAAGAGGCUGUAUGGGUGUAGGGAGACGUGUGCUGCGAUGGCGGCGUGUGUGCUGGGCGCGUGUGAGAACGUGGGGGAGGAGGAGGCGUCGGGCGUGUUUGUGGACUGCGGGGUUGUGUGCAACAUGGCGCCCUUUACAAUCACACAGUACAGCAACUGGACUUGUCUUGAGAUGCUACGGACCACCACCACCAUCCUGAAGAACAUCAACUGCUCUGAUGCUACGGACCACCACCACUGUCCUGAAGAACAUCAACUGCUCAGUGAACGCCACAUUUGUCAUGGCUUUGAGAAGAAACGCCAGCAGCAGCAGCAGCUCCACCCCCAGCAGCAGCAGCAACAGCAGCAGCAGCAGCAGCAGCAGCAGCAGCAGCAGCAGCAGUGCACAUGUGACAUCCCACCAGCGCCGGUUGCUGCAGCUGGUCCGAGGGCAACCACCCCAGACACCGGCACUGCAGCAGAGGCAAGCACAGGGGCAUGUGCUGCGACAGACGAGCAUGCGCGCUUCCUUGGAAGACCAGGGGAAACUACAGAUGUUCCGGAGGAGCGGAUGAGACAAGGGGCAAAGACAAGAGAGGAACACGCGGAGGGAGGGACAGCAUCAGAAGAUGUUGAGGGUGGGGUGGCAGCAGAAGAAGCAGACGAGGUGGGGUUAGCAGCAGUCAAGGAGAAGGAGGAGGCAGAGGGAGGAGAGGUGGCAGAGGAAGAAGGGGAAGAUGGGAAAGAAGAGGAAGAAGCACGUGGGGGCUUUAGCGUGUGGACCCACAGCAGUAGCAGAGCAGUCAGCUAUGGACACACGGAGAGCAUGGAGAGCGUUGAGACAGUGCCAGCGCCCAGCCCACUUGCACAGACAGCAGCAGCAGCCACUGCUGACGCCUUGUUUCCUACCACCCUCACUGCUAAUUCUGCCAGCUUUGACUCGUACUCAGGCAGUAGUCUAACCCAACCGCAACAGCUGCAACCACCACCCCAGCAGCAGGAGCAGCAGCAACAGGUGUUUCAAGGCCAACAGCAGCAGGCAGACGCACAGGCGAACACACAGGCGGUCACAGACGCACAAGCAGUUUCACAGGCGAACACGCAGGCAGUGACAGGCGCACAGGCAGUGACAGACGCACAGGCAGUGACAGGCGCACAGGCAGUCACAGACGCACAGGCAGUCACAGACGCACAGGCAGUCACAGGCGCACAGGCAGUCACAGACGCACAGGCAGUCACAGACGCACAGGCAGUCACAGACGCACAGGCAGUCACAGUCGCACAGGCAGUCACAGACGCACAGGCAGUCACAGACGCACAGGCAGUCACAGACGCACAGGCAGUAACGGACGCGUGGGCGGCUCUAGGCCCCACGGAGCGGCAGCGAUGGUUCAACCUGCGAGUGGCCGUGAGCCGAGGGCUCUUCUCCUGGGUGGGGGAUGCCUGCCUCGCCAAUGUCUUCUCCGCCGUGUCUCUCGAUGCUGCCACCCGGGCCCGUGUUUCUGCCUUCUUCUGUGCGCUGCUGCACAGUCCUGGGGAAGCGCAGGGUGGGCAGGGUGCUGCUGCUGGUGCUGCUGCUGGCGGUGCUUCUGGUGCUGUUUAUGAUGGUGCUGGUGCUGGUGGUGGUUUUGGUGGAAGGCUGGAGAUUACGGAUACGGUUUUGACAAACGGAGCAGCUGUGGAUGCUACCCUGCUCGGCAGCAGCUUGACCAGCAGCAGCAGUUUGAGCGGAGGUGGUUCAUUUGACGUGGCAGCAGUGGGAGGGAAUGGCUGUGUGCUCGGCCCUUUCACAUCUGUCGAUGGAUCCAUGGCUGCUGCUGCUGCCCACUUCGCCUUUCACGGCUUCCCUCCUCCUCCUCCUCCUGCGUCCAAUAAUACCAACACCAACGGAACCGCUUCUAAGGCAGCUGCUUCUAACGGGGCUCCUUCUAAUGAAACCGCUUCUACCGCCAGUGCCUCUGCUCUGCUCUCCAGGCGUGUGCGCAUGUCCCGGGAUCAGUUUGCGCGGUUCGUGGGAACCUUCCUGGAUGCUGUGGAGUCGGUGGUGGUGGUGGAUGGGGCAACGUUGUCUCGCCUCUCGUCGCACCUCUACGUCGCUGGUAUCGGGCUUGUGGACGGCAGCAUAGAAGGCUGCAGUCUGCGUGAGUAUUGCUCUCUUUCCACUUUGUCAUCACCUUUAGUAGUGGUGGUGGAUGGGGCAACGGUGUCUCGCCUCUCCUCGCACCUCUACAUCGCUGCCAUCGGCCUUGUGGACGCCAAUGGGCGCUUGCUGGAGUGGGCAGUGGGGGCGGAUUUCAAUGUGAAAGUGGGGAGAGGUGACAGUGUGCAGUUUGUGUGGGCCGAUGACUAUCCUCACUCCGUGAAGGUGCGUGGGCUGGGCAGCAGUGCGGGCGACAGUCUUUUCAAGGGCUAUGGCGCCAACCGCAUGGUGCUAUCAAGGCACAGCCGCUGCGCGCCAGACAACGUGGGCACCAUGCCGCUAGAUGGCCCGCCACACCCGUGUGCCCUAUAUGGCCCCUCAGAUGCUCCUGUAUUCACCUACACGGCUGUCUUCACUCAAACUGGCUCCUACAAAGUGGAGUGCGGGCGGUUUGGGGCCGAUAUGACUGCGACAAUACAUGUUGUGGAUGAUAGCGAGGAUGACUCUAGUGAGUAUGCAGCUGUUGCUUUUCUCCUCGACCCAUUCUUUGAUGCCAACACCAACACCACCAACAACACCACAACCCCACCAAUCUCUCCACUCACCUCCUCCUGCUACCCCGGCUGCUCGUUCGGCAAUCUAGCCGACGGCCGCUGCGACCCCCUCUGCAACAACCACCACUGCGCCUUCGACGGUGGGGACUGCGAGUGCGCUACUCUGGCUGGAAGCGGUGGGGGAGUGGGGGGGGAGUGUCCGUGCCCGGCGGGGCAGACCAGGUCGGAGGCAGGCUCGUGUUGCCCCACCGAUGCUGUCGGCACGAACCUGCUGUUUCCGUUCCAGCUAAGGUCGUUCGGCCCGGACGCGCAUGCGAGCAACACGCAGUUCUCGGAGCUGUAUGAGAAGCCGCUGCACCGGCACGUGACCGAGCGGAACAGGUCGGAGGCAGGCUCGUGUUGCCCCACCGAUGCUGUCGGCACGAACCUGCUGUUCCCGUUCCAGCUAAGGUCGUUCGGGCCGGACGCGCUUGCGAGCAACACGCAGUUUUCAGAGCUUUAUGAGAAGCCGCUGCACCGGCACGUGACCGAGCGGAACAGGCUGCUAGUGGGUCUCUACGUGCUGCAGACCCGCUGGGGUUCCCGCGAAUGCCCUUCCAAGAAGUUCGCGAGCAUCUGGCCGCACUGCCUGACGAAUGCCACCAGCCUGAACUCCUUCGGCGUCAACCCACACUUCCUCCACCUCCGACCUCCUCGUGGCUUCCUGUGCCGCACUGUACCACACUACACCGCUCUGUUUCCAUCUGUUGACCCCUCUUCCUCUCCCCUCCCCCCCUCAACUAACAGGUUUGUAAACCUCUGGCCGCACUGUCUGACGAACGCCACCAGCCUGACCUCCUUCGGCAUCAACCCGCGCUUCCUCUCCACCUCCGACCUCUACGACCCCAUUGUGACUGCCGCCAACCAGACGGGCCUUGAGAACUCCACCCUCAGCUCUGCUCCUCUCUUCAACGACGAAGGGCUGCCUUAUGGCUUCGUUCCCCCCAUGGACGGCCUGGAGUCCUAUCUACUCGUAUUCGACAUCAAUCUGCACCGGGUGGCGGCCACCAAGCGCCUGCAGUACCUCGUGGAUGGAUUCUUCUUCGACAACCUCACCAAGUCCAUUGAGUUCGCCCUCAUCACUUAUAACGCGGAUGUCAACAUGUUCGUGCUCUCUAAGAUCCGCAUAGAGGUGGACGUGGGGGGCAAGAUGGGCUACUCAUACCGUCUGGUUCCGAUCCCAGUGGAGCCGUACUCGUCAGCCUCCUCCUACGCUCAGAUGGUGCUCGAGAUCAUCUACGUGGUGUGUGUGGCCUACAACCUGCUGGAGGAGAUCCGCAUAGAGGUGGACGUAGGAGGCAAGAUGGGCUACUCAUACCGCCUGGUGCCAGUCCCUGUGGAGCCGUACUCGUCCGCGUCCUCCUACGCUCAGAUGGUGCUCGAGAUCAUCUACGUGGUGUGUGUGGCCUACAACCUGCUGGAGGAGGUCAAUGAGAUGUUCCAGACGUACCGCCACUCGGGGAGCUUCCUCCACCAUUUUCGCCAGUUUGGCAACUGGAUCGACCUGCUCUCGCUCUCCAUCCAAGUCUGGGGCAUCGUUGUCUGGAUCAUCAUGGUACAGCAGCUCUCGCCUCUUUCCGACAUCAGCGUGCGCUACAACGUGUACACGUCACUCGACGACACGACAGCGCAGUUCUGGGCAGUCAACACGACGAACGGCGGCUUUGAGAGGGCGAUGCAGGUGUAUCGCACCAUGGAUGACAUCAUUCAGCUGCGCUCCUUCUACUUUGCUAUUCAAGGCAUCAAGAGCCUUGGAGAGGGCGGUGCAGUGGAGGUGUAUCGCAAUAUGGAUGACAUCAUUCAGCUGCGCUCCUUCUACUUGGCAAUCCAGGGAAUCAACGUGUUCCUGAUGGUGCAGCGUCUGCUGAAGCUGAUAGACUUCCAGCCGCGCAUCGGCAUCAUCACGCGCACCAUGGCACCAGCGCUCCCACCCAGCCAUCCUGCACUUCUUCCUCGUCUUCGGAAUCAUCUUCCUUGGCUUCUCCUUCUACGGCUACCUCGUCUUCUCCCACACACCAUCCUCUUCUCACCUCUCUCUCCCCUCUCCCCUCUCCCCUCUCCCCUCUCCCCUCUCCCCUCUCCCCUCUCCCCUCUCCCCUCUCCCCUCUCCCCUCUCCCCUCUCCCCUCUCCCCUCUCCCCACUCCCCUCUCCCCUCUCCCGCUCGCCCCACUUCCCUCUCUCCCCGCCCCUCUCUCCCCCCUAUCUUCCCCCACUCCAGAUGUCUUCCUCAUGGUGCAGCGCCUGCUGAAGCUGAUGGACUUCCAACCCCGUAUCGGCAUCAUCACGCGCACCAUGGCAGCAGCACUGCCAGCCAUCCUGCACUUCUUCCUCGUCUUCUCCCACACACCAUCCUCUUCUCACCUCUCUCUCCCCUCUCUCUCCCCUCUCCGCCCUCCCCUCUCCCCUCCCCCCUCCCCCCUCUCCUCUCUCCCUUUCUUCCCGCUCCCUCUCCCCCUGCUCCCCCCUGGCAGCGUCUUCCUGAUGGUGCAGCGCCUGCUCAAGCUGAUGGACUUCCAGCCCCGAAUCGGCAUCAUCACGCGCACCAUGGCAGCGGCCCUCCCAGCCAUCCUGCACUUCUUCCUCGUCUUCGGAAUCAUCUUCCUCGGAUUCUCCUUCUACGGCUACCUCGUCUUCGGCCGAACGCUCGAGCAGUUCCGCACCAUCCCCAACGCCAUGCUCUCCUGCUUCUUCAUGCUCAUUCAAGACAACUCCACCGCGUAUUACUACGCGAUGCUGGAGGGUUGGGAGCGGUUGGCUGCGUUUGUCUUCUGGCUGUCGUUCAUAGUCAUCAUGGUGUUUAUUCUGAUGAAUGUGGUGAUUGCUAUAGUGGUCGAUGCGUUCAUGGAUGUGAAGGAGGCGGCUCAGGAGGAGACGGCACUGCCGAUUGAUAUAUGGAUUCUGCUGCGGAACCUCUGGCAGCGGAUAUGCACGCCGUAUUGGAGUUUGAGAAAGCUGAGACACCACCUGCUGUUCCUCGGGACUUAUGAGAAGACCAGAGAGGAGGAGGAGGCACUGGCGAAGCAGCGCAAGUCGGCACUGGCAGAGGUGGUGGGGGAUGAUGUGCAAGGGGAGGAGGCACUGGCGAAGCAGCGCAAGUCGGCACUCUCAGAGGUGGCCAGGAGGCUGCUCAAGGGGUGCUUCAUGUCACAGGAGCGCGAGACAAUAAGGCUACCACUCCCCGAGGAGGCACUGGCGAAGCAGCGCAAGUCGGCACUCUCGGAGGUGGCAACGAUGCUGCGCAAGGGGUGCUUUACGUCUCGGGAGGAGCGCGAGAGAAGGAGGAAGAUGCACCAGACGGAGAGGGUGGUGGACACGCGCGUUAGAAUGAUGGACAUGAUGUCGCUCAGUGCCCUCAUGACCCGCACCUACGAGCGCAAGACGGAGAGGGUGGUGGACACACGCGUUAGAAUGAUGGACAUGAUGUCGCUCAGUGCCCUCAUGAACCGCACAUAUGAGCGCAAGACGAAGAGGGUGGUGGACGUGGGCAUCAACAAAAUGGACAUGAUGUCUCUUUACACGCUCAUGAACCGCACCUACGAGCGCAAGACGAAGAGGGUGGUGGACGAAGAGGAUGGCGUCUAUGAGUCCCACAAAGCCAGCAAGUCGUCCCAAGUGGACCCGGUCACCGUAGCAGAAUCAGUGAUGGGGCAGUUUGGGAAGAACGUGGAGAUGGCGUCUAUGAGUCCCACCAAGGCCAGCAAGUCGUCCCAAGUGAACCCAGAAACCAUAGCCGAGUCAGUCAUGGGGCAAUUCGGGGAGAACGUGGAAGUAGCUCUUUUAGGAGAAAAACCCAAGAAAGGCAAGAGCGGGGAGAUGUCUCACAUCAAACGGUCCCUGCAGCGGCUGGAAGAGAACGCAGAUGAGACAGCGUAUGUGCUGCUGCAGGUGCAAGAGUCUCUGGAGAAAAUGAGAAGGGAGCAGGAGGAGAUGCAGCAGCAGCAGCAGCUGAUGCUGCUGCGGGGGUCUGGGAAGGAGAGGCGGCCGGAGUUGGGGUUGGUGAGGGGGGGGCGGCAGUGGAGUAGGGUUAGGAGGCGAUUUGAGGAUGAUGAUGAUGGUGAUGAUGAUGAUGCUGAUGUUUCUGCUGCGGCUGCUUCGCGCGGUUGGGGUGGCGGCGGCGGGAGCAGCAACCGUGGUGGUUUUGGCGGUGCUGCUGCUGGUGAUUCUUCUGGGUCUGGUGCUGGUGCUGGUGCUGCUGGUGCUGGUGGCGAUGGCACUGGUGAUACCGCUGUCAGUGGCUCUACCAAGGGUAUAACUCACUCCUCCAGUGCAGGGGAGGCAACUUUAACCGCACUGACCAGGCAGUUCCCUCGAUCCAUCUCAGGCAUGAAAGGAAGCCUCUCUUUCGAGCAGCUCGCUCCCACCUCCCCCACGCGCACCCCGACGCUCCACACCAACAGCCUGCCAAGUCCCAUCAUACCUGGGUUUAUGAGUAGGAGGAGGACCGACAGUGCGUUGCUGCCAGGCAGCAGGCAGAACCCUCACGUGGCGGGUCUAACUGGUGGGUUGAGCUUCAGUGACGGUAUGCGGGGGGGAGGUGCGGGAGCGGGAAGGGGAGAGGCAGGGGAGGGGAUCGGUGGGCUGAGUCCGAUUGCGAGUGUCGCCAGUGGGCAUAUGGGUUUCAUGGGGAAUGGGGGGAUGAUGAGUCCGGUAGGAUCUCACAGCAUGGGGGUGGGGUGGGCAGGGCAUGGGGCGGCAACGGGCAGAGGCAUGGGAAUGGGGGAGUUUGGGAAUCCAGGCAGGCAAAGGCGGGCCCGAAUGGCCCAUAUGAAGUCCUUUGGGGGAGAUGAGCCGAGUAUUCUUGAUGCUGUGGCUAGGCUUGGUGGGGGGUUGGGGCGGAUGGGCGGCGAGGAGGUGGGGAACACGAGUGGGCGGCACCGGCCGGUUGGUUUUGGCAGCAUGCCGAGAGGGGCGGCGGAGGAUCUGAGCAUGAGAAGGAAAAUGGUGGAUUUUCCUUCUAUGGGAGCCGGGAUGGGUAUGGGGAUGGGUGCAGGGUGGGGAAUGGGUGGUGAGGAUGUGGGGAAUAUUAGCGGGCGGCGAAGAGCUUUAGAGUACGGGUCAAUGAGACGAGGAAUGCCGGGCGGCGGCACGGUCGGCGCAGGAAUGGCAUCCCCUUACCGGGGCGGCGGGUUCUUAGGCUCGGGAACGGCAGGGUUUGCCCAGCCUCGGUCGAUCAUGGCAGAUGGUGGGUUUGGAAACCGGAAGUUCGGGGAAGGCAUGGGGGUGGGUAGUAGGAGAAUGGCGGGAGGGGAGAAGCAAGGGAAUAGGGCUUCGGCAUUGCUGGCGGAGCUUCAGGCUGCCCGGGCGGUGGGAGGGGCGGGGAGUUGGACGAGGAUUCAUGAAGGGGAGGUGAAGAGAGUGCAAUACAGUAGCUUUGCCGCCAUGUCGAGACGCUAUGACAGCCGCACGACGACGUUUUCGCCAGAAGGCCGGCUGUUCCAGGUGGAGUAUGCAAUGGAGGCCAUCAGUCACGCAGGAUCCGCCAUAGGCAUUCUCGCCACGGACGGGGUGGUGCUGGCAGCGGAGAAGCGCAUCACGUCGAAGCUGCUGGAGAGCAGCAAGACGAACGAGAAGAUGUACCGAAUCGACGAUCACGUGGCUGCUGCUGUCGCUGGGAUUACUGCUGAUGCGAACAUUCUUGUGAAUUCCGCUCGCCUCGCUGCCCAGCGCUACACGUACGCGUAUCAGGAACCUAUUCCCAUGGAGCAGCUAGUGCAGUCUCUGUGCGACACCAAGCAGGGCUACACGCAGUUUGGUGGUCUGCGUCCCUUCGGCGUCUCCUUCCUCUUUGCAGGGUGGGACAAGCACCAUCAGUUCCAGCUGUAUCACUCAGACCCCUCAGGGAACUACGGCGGGUGGCGGGCGUGUGCCAUAGGAGCCAAUCACGGCGCAGCACAGUCGCUGCUGAAGCAGGAAUACAAGGAAGAGAAGGGGCCAGGAGGGGAGGCGAUCCCGGGGAUGGACCUGGAAGGGGCAGUGCAGCUGGCGCUGAAGGUGCUGAGUAAGACCAUGGACAGCACGAGCCUGAGUGCUGAGAAGAUUGAACUGGCUAAAGUGUGCCUGGAGGAUGGACAAGUCAGGUACCGUGUGUUUGGGGCAAAGGAGAUUGAUGAGUUGCUGCUCAAGUAUGAAAUGGCUCAACCCAAGGAGGAGGAGAGAUGA